AUGUCUGGUGGAAAAUCUGGUGGAAAGUCUGCUGCUGGCUCCAAGUCUCAAACUCGUUCUUCUAAGGCCGGUCUUCAAUUCCCUGUCGGUCGUAUUCACCGUCUCCUUCGUCGUGGUAACUACGCUCAACGUGUCGGUGCUGGUGCCCCCGUUUACCUCGCUGCCGUUCUUGAAUACCUUGCUGCUGAAAUUCUCGAAUUAGCUGGUAACGCUGCUCGUGAUAACAAGAAGUCUCGUAUCAUCCCCCGUCACCUCCAAUUGGCCAUCCGUAACGAUGAAGAAUUGAACAAGCUUCUCGGUCAUGUCACCAUUGCCCAAGGUGGUGUCCUCCCCAACAUUCACGCUUCCUUGUUGCCUACCAAGUCCAAGAAGGCUGGUGCUUCUCAAGAACUCUAA